AUGGCAUAUUUUCGAAGCUUUUUUGGUGGUGGCAGAGUGGAAAAUGAUGAAGAAGAUGGAGCUGAGAUCGUCGAGAAAAUGGUGGAACGAGCCGAGACCUGUACUGCUCUUGAAGAUCGUCGAGAUGCCCUGCGAGCUCUCAGAGGAAUGGCAAAGAAGUUACGUUUGGCUGUCGGAACAAUGGGGCUUAACGUAUACAUGGAUGUUCUCGAAAAAGAAAGGACGAAUCAAGAACUCACUUCUAUCACACUGGACAUUCUCGUCGCUGUUCUGAGCAGUGAUGAUGAGAACAUAGACGAGGACGAGUUAGGAGAACGUCUUGCCGAGGUCAUGCUAAAGAAACCAGUCUUUAUCCCUUCAUUACUUGCCGCUAUCGAUGACUAUGAUAUCACCGUGCGACGAGUCGGAAUACAAUUGCUGACUUCGCUGUUACGCCAUCGCGGCCCAGAAGUACAAGCGGCUGUCAUGGUGCAGCCCACUGGUGUUCCUCAUUUGGUAGAUAUUGUCCAUGAUCGAAGAGAAGUAGUUCGAAAUGAAGCCAUUCUUAUGCUCUGUGAACUGAGCAGGUCGAAUUCUCAGAUACAACAGUUGUUGGCCUAUGAAAACACCUUUGUCCAUUUGCUAGAUAUCAUUGACACGGAGCCGCUCGAUAGUAUUAUUAUUGAAGAUUGUCUAUUUGCAAUACUAAAUCUACUGAGGAAGAAUGCGAUGAAUCAGCAGCUGUUCAGGGAAAACAAUUUAAUUUCGCGUUUGGGUACGAUCUUAAAUGCUUUUCUCUAUGAUACAGAAGAAGAGUCAGAUAAUAGCGAAUGGGUGAAACAGCGAUCUGCAAACAUAAUUUUCCUCCUCCAGGUCAUAAGGAGUUUGGUUAGCCCUGACAAUGCAGUGACAAAUACCCAUGCUGCCCAAAAAGCGCUUCAUCAAACCAAGAUGCUUGCUGAACUAUGCCGAGUACUACUUUCCGAAAUGGGGUUACCGGUAGAGGUACUCACCGAGACUGUAAUCGCAGUGGCCGAAGCCAUACGUGGGAAUUAUACAAACCAAGAAUAUUUUGCCAGUACUAGUCUUAUUACUAACGAAAACCUAACCAGAACAUCAUUAGUUGUCCUACUUAUAACAAUGACGGCCGAGAAACAGCCAUUCAAAAUGCGUUGUGCUGUCUUCUAUUGCUUCCUUUCGUAUCUUCACGAUAAUGAAUUUGGGAAGACGAAGGUUGUUGAAACCUUACUUCCGGCAUCUCAGCCGGACACCGCUAUUUCUACUGGUUCGUUGAUUUGCCAGGCAAUCACUUCUGGUGAAUCAGUGCAGUGUUGGUUCGGAUGUGUGGCACUUCUGUAUUGCCUGUUGGAUGUUGACCACCUUAGAGAACAACUUCUUCGAGUCCAGCUGUCGACUACCAUUGAUCAUCCCCCAAUAUCGUUAGUGAAGCAUGUGUCCAACCUUCUGGUUAGUAUGGGUAAUCGUCGAGUGCAAAUGCGUGCCGGGGUUCUAAUGUUGCUGUCGACAUGGAUGAACAAUUGCCCAACGGCCGUUGCCAGUUUCAUUGAGAAUGAGGACAAUACUCAUUAUCUGACCACACAGAUCUUAGACGACUGCGGCGAAGGCACGGAAAGUGAACAACAAGUACUGAAAGGUCUAAUGGCAUUCCUUCUGCUGCUUUGCCUUCAGAGUUCUAACCUUUGCAGAUCAUCUCUGGAGCAACUUGUGGAUCGACGUGUUGGUCGUGAGGUUAUUAUUGGUGCUGUAGAAGGUCUGUCUCGAACAGAACAGUUCGUUCGUGCUGCCCAGAAACCGCAACCGCUCACAAAAACACCGAAUGAAUUAUUCUUGGAGUAUCAUUUUAUCAAGAUGUUCAAAGCAUCAGAAGGUUCACAACUUCUGAAGAUGUUACGCCCUACUGGAGAAUUUAAUGGGAUUACAUCAAAUGACAGUAUAAUACAGUCGUUCAAGGACCUUAUCAAACGUCAAGAUGAGGAGAUUGCGAUUCUUAAACAAGAGGCAAAGCGAUUUACUGCGCAAAUCGAGCAGUUGAAGCAAGAAAAUGACAAGACCAAGCUGGAACACGAAAUAGAGUUGUUAAAGAAGAAGCUGGAAGAGAGUCGUGCUCAUAGUUUACAUAAUGAUUCCAUACAGAUCCAGAUGCAAGAAAUGUAUCGUGUCAAUGAACAGUGGCGAGGCGAAGCUGCGAAGUAUAAGCAGUGGGCAGAACAAUGGCAACAGUAUCAAAUAUCACAGCUACCGAAUCCUACAGAAACUGCCGUUCAUUACCUCCAGCAACAAGUGCAGCAACUUGAACAACAACUUGCUUACGGAUACCAGGCCUUUGAAGAACAUGGGAAAUCCAAUAGAAAUGUUAAUGAACCUUUUUUGAAACUGAAAGCAGAACAGGAAGAUUUGCUUAUAUUAUUGGCUGAUCAACAUAAGAAAAUAACUCUAUACCGUAAUCGGUUGAAGGAACUGAACCAAGUUGUUACGGAUGAAGAAGAUGAAUAG